AUGCGAAAAGCCCCACUGAUAGGAAGCUUUUCAAAAAUAUGUAGGAAGAGAAGACGUCGUCAAAAUACAUUAAAAUUAAAAGAAGAAAAUAAACAAUUACGUAAAACUGUUCGUACAUUAGAACAACAAAGCCAACGUCUACGAUCAUUAUCAAUAUCGUCAAGUUCAUCAACAAAAAGUUCACCAUCACCAAACAGUAAAGAAAAUAAACGAAAAAGGAAAGAAAAUAAUAAUGAACCAAUUUCACCAUCAAAAUUAUUAUUAGAAAGUUUAAGUCCUGAUGCACGUAAGCGUGCUACUCUUCGUAUGAUGGAUCAGAAAAAUCAAUUAUCAAAAGGCUCUAUAACACAAGUACGAAACAAAUUUGGUAUAAAUCUUUCAAAUCAAUAUGCACCAAGUUCAACCGCAACAAUGACAGCACUUAUUUAUCAAAGAAUUGAAGAGUUUUUCAAACAAGAUACAGUAUCUCGUAUAUCUCCUGAUAAAUCAAAACAUAAACAUGGUCAUCAAAUAAGGUUGAGAUUAAAUAAUCUUUCUAAUUUACAUCAACGAUUCGAAGCUGAAACUGGUAUUGACAUUGAUUAUACAACAUUUACACGACAUGUACCUGAUUAUAUAAUGAAACCAAAUCAUGAUUCCUGGGGUACAUGUCUUUGUAUGACCUGUUUGAAUCCAGAAUUAAAGACAGAUAAAUUACGUAAUAUGACACAUAAACAUCCAUCAAUUCAAAAUAUAAUAAGUUUAAUAUCUCCAGAUUUAGAAGAAUUAGUUAAAGAUGCUACAAGAUUAAAUAAAUUCAAACUUGAAUUAUCUAAAUUAAAACAUGAAAGUUUUAAUAUUACAUAUCCUGAAUGGCAAAAAAUUAAAUCAGAUCAAGCUAAAGCUCCAAUUUCAACAAAAGUUAUGGAAACAUCAAUAAUUGAACGAUUUGUAACUAAAUUAUCAUCUGAAUUAGAUUUACUUGCUUCACAUUUAAUUCGCGUACGUGCACAAUUUCAUGCUGCUAAAUUAGCUAAAAGUCAAGCUUUAAGAGCUUAUUAUAAUACAAAAAAUAUAUCAUUACAUACUGGUUAUGCGUAUACGAAAGAAGAAUGUUAUAGUUUUGCAUCAAUUUCGGAUGACACAAAUCAUAUGUCAGAAGCUGCAUGGGAAAAAGUUAAUAUAAAUUGGAUAUUUUAUGAAGCAGGACAUGGAAAAUGCAUUGUAGAUGGUGUUGGUGCUUCACGUAAAAGACAAUUUGACCAAUUAGUUGCAUAUAGUCCCGAUAAUAGUUAUCAAUCUGCGAAAGAUUUAAUGAAAAAUCUUGAAAAUGAUACAAAUAUACGUUUGUUUAUGUAUAAUACAGAUGACAUUGAUUCAAUAAAACAACAGAUACCAUCAUUGAAAACAAUAAAAGGAACAACAAGAAUGCAUGAAUUAAUUGGAAAGAAAAAUGGUCAAUUAUAUAGUAAAGAUUUAUCAUGUGAAAAAGAAAAGUUAUUAAAAGUUACCUUUUAA